ACCUCGGAUCCCCUGGGAUUUUGGGUUAAACAAGAACAAAAACCACUUGACGCUGCCAGACUGUCUGACGGCGACAAGUAGCUGCUGCGGUUGCCAGUGUUUAAAUGUUCGCGCCCCGGUCCGUAUCCUUUUAGUCGAUCAGCAAGUCGAGAUGAGCAAGGACGCGAGUAUCAGGAUUAGCCAGCGGGAGCGACGUCUCUUAAGGACGCCCAAGUGUGCCAGGUGUCGUAAUCAUGGUGUUAUUUCCUGUGUCAAAGGUCACAAGCGACUUUGUCGCUGGCGUGAAUGUUGCUGUCCCAAUUGCCAAUUGGUUGUGGAUCGCCAGCGAGUUAUGGCCGCCCAGGUGGCUCUGCGCCGUCAGCAAACCAUGGAGGCCCUAGAGGCUACCACGUCAUCUUCAUCGAAGUCAUCAGCUAUGCCGUCUGUGAAUGUUACCUCCAGUAGCGAGGGUGAGGAUUCUUUAACCUCCACUUCACCACCGCCAGUGCAGUCCCAGCUACAUCCUCCAUCAUUCGUUAACACCACAUCUUCAUCCGUCACGCGACAGGCCCUGAUGGCCCAAAAGAGGAUCUACAAGCAGAGAUUACGCAGUUUGCAGCAGUCUACACUGCAUAUCACGGCUGCCAUGGAAGAAUACAAGCAGCGCUUUCCCACGUUCAGUUCGCCAUUGAUGGAGCGCAUGCGCAAACGACGGGCGUUCGCCGAUCCGGAACUGAACCAUGUCAUGGAGGCGACACUGGGCGGCAACGCUUUGUACUUUGCCACCGUUGCCGCCGCCGCGGUCCAUCAGGAGCAGCAGAUUUAUCACCAAGUCUCGCCGACGAUACCGCUUACUAUAACGCCCACAAAUCAUAUGAUGAGCACGCCCAUUGCUACACCUCCGCCAUCCUCUGUCUCCGCAAAGAAGCCCAAGCUGAGCUUCUCCAUUGAGUCCAUUAUGGGCAUCAGCACGUAGUCGACGGUUAUGGGAGGGUCUACCUCUUACACCUUUCCCUAUCCAAAAGAUAUUCUCUGUAUAUAGCUCUAGAAUUAGAAGACCUUUUUUUGACUAGCAUUAAGUUUCGAGUGAAAUAAAACAUUGGAAAAAUAUAGUUUAUUAUUGGAAAAUAUAUAGUUUGCUAUGGGAAGAAAAUGUAUCCUAAUGAAAUGUGGACUAACAGGUCCAAAACUGCGGGGUUUUAAAGUCUCCAUAAGAAUUUGAUUCUGAUUUGUGAUCUUAAAACCUUCCACUACAUUCUAUAAAUUCAAGUAGGCUUCAUUUUACAAUGACUUAUUUCAUUUAAUUUAACAUUAUAUUAGAAAUUCCUGACUGGAUCGACACUACAAGUAGUCGAAAAUAUAGAAAUUGAAGAUAGAAGGACCUGACAUUGGAGGGCUCUUCCUCAAUGGAAUCCUAUGGCUGCAGGGCAUAAACGUGGAACACGCAGAUGGAGCUCUAGAUCUUAAAGUGCUAACUCUUUUAAUACUGUUAAAUUCAUAACAAAAUCUUUAUUUUUGCAAAAUCAUACAAGAAUUUUGGCAGAGGUGAUAAAAAGAAAAG